AUGGCCUCUGCACCCACCACUCCCGGCGGUGGCCUCGACCGCUAUGUUGUCAUCCACGUAGCCACGACCUGCGACGAGCACGGCGUCUACGUGACCAAGGACUCGGCAGAAGUCAUCGAAGUGGGCUGGAUCCUGCUCGACUCCAAGAACUGCGACGAGCACGUCCGCAAUGCAGGCUCUUUCCGCGAUGCCAUCAACCGCUUCGACCAGUUCGCCCAGGAGCACCUCGUCAAGAACAGCCACGAGUUUGCCUUUGUCACUCUCGACUCGUGGGACCUCCGCGUCCAGCUGCCCCGCGAGGCUCGCGACAAGGCCGUCGUCCUUCCUCCCUACCUGCAGCACUCGCGCACCUUCGACCUGCGCACCGAGUACCAGAGGUGGCAGACUCACCACCCCGAGUCGCUGCCCUUCGGCUCCAGCGCCCUGACCAACAUCUGUGCCGCCCUCGAGGUCGAGCCCGUCCAGUCUUCGGCUCCCAUCAAGCACAACUUGCCCUUCCACCUGCAAGCUCUGGCUCCCGCCUCGCCUCGCCGCGCCAUGGAGGAGGCCGUCACCCUUGCAAGAGUCCUUCGCGGUCUGAUCCGCAAGUCCCAGCCUCCCCACGAGCACCCCGACGUCCUCACCCGCCCCAUGGACGCCCGCGCAGACGUCCGUGCCUUCCUCUCCGAGCGCAGCAAGGUCCUCCACAUGAGCGGCCUCCCCCAUGACACCACCCAAUCCGAGCUCGAGAGUUGGUUCACUCAAUUUGGUGGUAGACCCAUCGCUUUCUGGACCCUCCGCACCCCUGACCAGCACAAGCCCACUGGCACUGGUUUCGCCAUCUUCUCCUCCCACGAAGAGAAGGCCAUCGAGGUCUCGCCUUCCUCCUCGCGCGUACUUGACCGCGCCGCUGACAUCCUGACCGCCUUCCCUCCCAGCAAGAACCGUCCUCGCCCUGGUGACUGGACUUGCCCCUCUUGCGGCUUCUCCAACUUCCAGCGUCGUACCGCUUGCUUCCGCUGCUCAUUCCCCGCCAUGGCUGCAGCCCCUGACCCGAUGUACGGCUACGGCUACGGCCACCCUGGCAUGAUGGGUCCCCCUGGACACCACAUGGGUCACCACCACAUGGGAGGUGGCGGCAUGCGUGGCGGCGGUUCCACUCACGUUCCUUUCCGUGCCGGCGACUGGAGAUGUGGUGCCGAGGGUUGCAACUACCACAACUUUGCCAAGAACGUCAGCUGUCUUCGUUGCGGUGCUUCGCGUGCAAGCGCCGCCCUGGUCGCUGACUCCAACUUCCAACAGGUCGAUGGAUCCCAAGGCUAUGGUAUGGCCCCUCCCUCUAUGGCUGGUACUCCUGGCCCUGCUCCCUAUGCUCCUCAGCAAGGUGGCUUCAACUCUGCUGGAAACUUCCCUGGCCAGAGCUACGGCGGCCCUCAGUCGACCUACGCCCUCCCCUCCGGUCUCGGUGCCGGUACCUCUCCCUACCCCGCUAUGAGCUCUGCUUACGGUCACAACGCCGGCAUGCCCUCUGGUGGAUUUGAUAGCCGUGCUGAGGCUGCCUUCUCUGCAGGUCAAAACAACUCCUCCUUCUCCAACGGCGGUGGCGUGUACGCUGGCGAGCAGACCACUCCUGACCCAUUCACCUUCUUGAGCAGUGGCCUCAGUGGUCUCAGUGUCUCGGACGAUGCUCGCCGUAAUGGUGCCAACCCUUCCAAGUCUCCUGCAUAG